CCCUGUCAUCGCCCCUGCCAUUUCCCACCAACACCACGACUAGGUCGCCUCCCUUUGCACUGUGCUCUCUUCUCCUCCUUAUCUCGGCAUCUGCUGCUGCCUCGCUUUGCUCUUAUUUAUCUGCGCACGCACUCCGUCACUCUCCUGCCUCGACUUCUCCAUCUCCCCCUUCUCCUCUGCUGACAUCGCUCUGUUUUCCCAGGAUCGUCCGGGACUCCUUCCCAGAUCGGGCUUAUUUGGUGGAUCCCAAUUUUGUUUAAUGUGGACUGUUUUGGGAGUCGGUCUCUGUGUCACAAAUAUUAUGGUGUGGUAGCGCAGAGCUUGUUGCACUGCAAAUAUAAUGUCGAAGCGUGCGUUGCUGGUGGGUUGUAAUUACCCUGGCACUAAGGUUCAGCUGCACGGAUGUGCCAACGACGUGAGGCGUAUGAAAGCCCUGCUCAUUGAUCGCUUUGGUUUCGAUGAGCGGGACAUUUUGGUGAUGUUGGACACUGAUCCGGCUCUGCCGCAACCCACCGGUGCCAAUAUUCGCAAAUGUUUGGACAAGCUUAUUGAGAACACACAGCCCGGAGAUUGCUUGGUAUUCCAUUAUAGUGGCCAUGGCACGCAGGUUCCUGCAGAGUCGGGUCAGGAAGAUGACACUGGAGCUGAAGAGGCCAUUGUACCCACUGAUAUGAAUCUUCUUACAGAUGACGACUUCAGAGAACUGGUGAACAAAAUUCCCGUUGGAGUGACAUUUACGUUUUUGUCGGACUCGUGUCACAGUGGUGGUCUUAUUGACUCUACAAAGGAGCAGAUUGGCCAUACUGUUGUGAAUUACGCCAGUCUUCCAUCGAAUGCCGGUGAUAAUGACGGAGGCGGUCUUAUCGGAUUAAUUGGGCAUGGCAUUGAUGCCUUCACCAGCAAGAAGGACGUGGAGGAAGGGGAGGAGAAACGCGGUUUCCGAGGGUUUCUGUCGAAGGCCAAGGCCAAAUACGACUCCCACAAAGGAAAGAGAAAAGAGGAGGAAAGGCCUGACACCCAGAACUUUGACUUUGAGUCCCAGUACAUGGAAGAGACAGGCCACCAAGUGAAGAACAAGAAUCUUGAUAUCAACUCAUUGACUGAGAUCCUGAGCCAACGGACUGGGCACGAAGUACAAGUCGGAAACAUUCGUACCACCCUCUUCGACAUGUUCGGGGACGAUGCCAGCCCUAAAGUGAAAACUUUUGUGAGCGUCAUCCUCAACCAGCUUCAGAGCGGAGCUGGUGAAGGCGGAUUCAUGGGCAUGGUGUCAGGUAUGGCGGGCCAGUUUCUGAAAUCCAAACUGGAAUCUGAUUCACCUGAUCAUAUCUCCAGCCUCAUGGCCGCAGCCGGGAGCGCGCACCCUUCCAAUCCCCGAUCUGCUUACGCUGGAGUGCGACCAUCUGCGAGCCAUCGCGUGCGUGAAGAUGCGGGCAUUCUGGUAAGUGGGUGCCAGCACAACGAGACGUCCGCCGAUGCCACACCUGGCGGCGACCACUCGCAAUCGUAUGGAGCAUUCAGCAAUGCAUUGAUCGGAGUGUUGGCCAAGCACGAUGGCCCCAUUACCAACCGUGACCUCGUGUUGCAGAUCCGCGAGUCUCUAGCUAAGUCUGGCUUCAAGCAGCACCCAUGCUUAUUCUGCACGGACCAAAAUGCCGAUGCUCACUUCAUCUGUGUCGAUUGAGCGCUAUCUGCCUCCUGUGCAUAGACAUUUGCUGAGUCAGUUGGGUUUGUGUUAUGUCCAUGAGUGCGAGGCUCUGUGGCUUUCUUUGUAAAUGCCGAAGGCUCCCUUGCGAGUGUAUCUGUAAGUUAUAUAAAUUCUGCAUUUGUUGAUUUAGGCCGCAUGAAAUUAUAAGUUUACAAGAACGUGUUAUCGUAACAGAACCUACAAUCGUCUGCAUCUUGAUUCAAGAAGUCUUGGAUGUAUUUGAUUAGCUAGGACAUCCAGCUUCUAAACUAUCCUGUUGAGGUAGUAGGUUGACUUGCAGCAAAGCAGUAACUCUAGAUUUCGAGGCAUUGCUUCUGCUCGUGUAACACCAGGUCAUACUGUGUAAAGUAGAAUUGAAUCAAGACUAUUAGAAUGUGGAUUUUACACCAGUUCGCUUC